CACAAAACCGACGAGAAGGGGAGGGACUGUAAGACGCAGUAAGACCGAUUCGACGAAUUCGGAGGCCCGAGCAAACGGGGAUCGAGUAUAAAAUACUUGGUCGACGCUGUCACCAGCAUCAGUAGUCUAACUCCGCUCGAAUAUGAAGGUCGUCGCUUUGUUCCUCCUCGUAGUUGCCUACGUUUUGGCAGAAGAUCAGUACACGACUAAGUACGACAAUGUCGAUUUAGACUCGAUUUUGGCGAGCGAUCGUUUGCUCAAAAACUACGUCAACUGCUUGCUGGAGAAAGGAAGUUGCACGCCCGAUGGCAAAGAGCUCAAAGAGCACCUUCCGGACGCGCUGUCGAGCGAGUGCAGCAAGUGCAGCGAAAAGCAAAGAAGGGGCAGCGAGAAGGUUAUCCGGUUUUUAGUCAACAAGAAACCGGAAACCUGGGACCAACUCAAGAAGAAGUACGAUCCCUCUGGUCAAUAUACUGUUAAGUAUCAGGACGAGGCGAAGAAGCAGGGAUUAAAUGUGUGAAUAAUUUAGAUUCCCAUCUCACCGGUUAGGACGUCGAAAAAUCUGUCUUUUCUUUCGAGUUAAAUAAACCCAUCGAUUUAUCACACACGACUUCUCCGAUGUUCUUUCGCAAGAGAAAUUUGCUGAUUAUAAAAAUUUGACUUCUCAAAUGUUACGACAAGAGAUUUAUAUCUUUCUAUCUUAGCUCAAAUAUAAAGAACAAUUGAUCAGAAUAUAAAAGCAAA